AUGCGGUUCAAGAUCUUUGCCCUUACUGCCCUCUUGGCAGCCUCCGCCCCGGUGUAUGCCCAGGACAUUAGCGGUGCUGAUGUUGUACAAAAGCUUGACUUUCUUACGGAGAGUGCUAGAAACCUGAGCAGUAUCCUCCUGAACACUCAGGACCCUGCUAAAAUAGGCCAGGCUAUUCUUAGUAGCAAAAAUAAUCUUAUCGCUGCAAUUCCUGAUAACCUUUCCCCUUGA